CAAGAAGAAACCGGGUGGGGAAAAAAAAAAUCAAAAAUCAUGAAUGGGACGCUGGAUAGCCUGCGCGACCACACUCUGAAUGAUGAAGGGGCGUUCGUGUUUACCUCGGAAUCUGUGGGAGAAGGACACCCAGACAAGAUAUGCGACCAGAUCAGUGAUGCUGUGCUUGAUGCCCAUUUGAGUCAAGAUCCAGAUGCCAAGGUUGCUUGUGAGACAGUAUGUAAAACAGGAAUGGUGCUGCUCUGCGGGGAGAUUACAUCCAGAGCUGUGGUGGAUUACCAGCAGAUCAUCCGAGACACAAUUAUGAAUAUAGGUUAUGAUGAUUCAGCUAAAGGCUUUGACUACAAGACUUGUAAUGUUCUUGUGGCAUUGGAACAACAGUCACCCGAUAUCGCCCAGGGUGUUCAUCUACAUAGGAAUGAAGAAGAUGUUGGUGCUGGGGACCAGGGCCUGAUGUUCGGCUAUGCAACAGAUGAGACUGAAGAAUGUAUGCCACUGACUAUCAUGCUUGCUCACAAACUGAAUGCCAAAAUGGCUGAGCUGAGGCGCAAUGGGGAGCUACCUUGGCUUAGACCUGACUCAAAAACCCAGAUCACCAUUCAAUACAUGCAGAAAGAUGGUGCUGUUAUCCCAGUGCGCGUCCAUACUAUUGUGAUCUCUGUGCAACAUGAUGAAACCAUCUCUCUGGAGGCAAUGCGCAAGGCCUUACGGGAACAUGUAAUCAAGGCUGUGGUUCCAGCCAGGUACUUGGAUGAGAAAACUGUUUACCAUCUUCAACCCAGUGGUCGGUUUGUGAUUGGAGGGCCCCAGGGUGAUGCUGGAGUGACUGGCCGGAAGAUCAUUGUGGAUACUUAUGGUGGAUGGGGAGCUCAUGGAGGUGGAGCCUUUUCAGGCAAAGACUACACAAAAGUUGAUCGGUCAGCAGCAUAUGCAGCCCGCUGGGUUGCCAAGUCCUUGGUGAUAGCAGGGCUUUGCCGUCGUGUUUUGGUCCAAAUUGCCUAUGCCAUCGGUGUUGCUGAACCACUCUCCAUCUCACUGUUCACUUAUGGUACAUCCACAAGACCCGAGCAUGAGCUGCUGAACAUUGUACACCAGAAUUUUGACCUUCGACCAGGAGCCAUUGUCAGGGAUCUGGAUUUAAAGAAGCCAGUCUAUCAGAAGACUGCCUGCUAUGGUCACUUUGGAAGAAGUGAAUUCUCUUGGGAGGUACCUAAGAAACUGGCUUUUUAACAAUCAUGGGGCAACCCCUAAGCUUAAGGGAAAAGGAUUCCACUACAAAGGGUGCUUCUAUUGAUUAUCCUCUAAGCUGAGGAAAUGGACAGGAUAAAGAUAUCUUCAUGGAAACCACCACUUUCUAUAUUACAACACAUAUACAGAAAAAAGAAAGUACAGAUGGAUGCAAUUUUUAUUUUCCCUAUUGCUGCUAUUUUUUGGUUCCACUUACAAAGAUAACAUAUGACUUGGACACACAAUCAAACACAGUGGAAUGUUUGCCUUCGGCCCAGCUCUUCAGUGUUCCUCUAUUCAAAGGGAAAGAAAGAUUCCUUCAGGUUCAGUAAGCUUAUUCAUUGCAACUGGACAAUUAGAAUUGUGGGAUCCAGUUUCCUAAUUGGAGUUGGUGCUGCAAACAGGGCUCUUGGUGUGAAAGGAUUAUUGGCCUGUAUCCGAAUCUCAUCUUCUCCAAAUAAUUUCAUCAGGCUUUUAAGUUUCUUUUCCAGGUGUCUAAUAUUGCAGUCUUUUAGGAGACUCACACUUUCUCUUUUAAAACAGCCUAGCGACAAAAUACUUUAGAUGGGUGAAUCUUUUGUCGAUACACUCACAUAUUGAUAUGAAGUUGCCAGAUCCCAUUCUAGGCAGGGCUCUCUUGUAUAUAGAAGGCUAAAGCCCUAUUGCUUGCAAGCUACUGUUCCCUUUUCCUGAGCUGCUGUGAUCCCAUGAAAUGUUUGUGGUGUUCUGGCAGUUUAGGAGGAAACAGCAACAGAGUCCUGAUAUAUUGCAGCUUCUGUGGAGGAAAUGAAAAGUCAGUCUGGUGGAGGAAAAAAUUCACGCAGAGCAUGGAGAUAGGAGAAGUUGUGUGGUUGUGGCAAGAAGGGCAACACAGGCAAUGGUAUUCAUAAGUAGGGAGGCUGAGGACUGGGAAACGGAGUGGGGAGAAGGUCCAUAGGCAAGCCCGCCAAAAGAAGUAAAACAGAUUAGGUAACAAGCUAAAGAAAUCCAGGGGAGUAGAGGAUAGUUUAAGAACAGAGAGUCUUGAGAGAAAGAGAGGGAGCUGGUAUACAUUGAGCCAAAGGAAGUUUGAGGAAAACCUCUCAUCUGGUUUAGAUACAGGAGACAUGCAGCUUUGGAUGCUGGGUGACUGCAAAUCAGGGGGCCAAGUGGUUUGGAAUUGUACAUACAUUUAAACUAGGAGUUUUCCAGAUUAUGAGCUUUGCGCCGGUAGAAAGUGUUUGCCAGGUGUGAUGGAAUGGUGCAGUGGUUUCAAACUACAAGUAAAGGGUUGUUCAAUGCUUCCUCGUAGGCUAGUGGCUGUUCAUAUUGCUGUCCACUGCAGUGUGGUUUCCAGGCGGGGGUGUCCAUAUUCUCCUUGAACCACAUUAUCUGCCCCUGCUUGCUCUAUUUUGGGCCAAUGGGGUUGCGGAGGGGGCGGGGGUGUGUGAUGUGAUGACCUUAAAAAUAAAUUCUGAGAUGUUUUGUGCAAAUCCACCACCAGCAGGGGGAAGUGCCGUUCCAGAACAAAAAUCUUAUUGAAGUCUUGCACCAUUGCAGACUUGCGCAAGUUCUCCAGUGAAACAAACAAACAAAUUCAGUGGCAGAGAGGGCCAUAAUAAAAGGAGGGAGAGGAGGCAAGUAUUCCUUCAUGACCACUGCAUAAACUCUGCCAAUAUAUCCGAGGAGGUAUUUGUAGCAGAGAAGAAGGAGUGUGAGGCCACUGAGGGGUCAGAGGGAGAGAGCGGGAGGCCCCUAGGCAGCGGCAGCCACGGAGGGUGAGCUGCCCAUACCUUUUGGGGUUAGGAACCUGGGUUCUCCAGCCGCCUGAUGGCUGGGAGGGCGGCAGCAGCCCCACCAGCAGCACCUCGUCUCUUUUGCACUGCCGCCGCUGCCACCACCAGCCUCCGACACACACGCUGCCAACUGAACAGCUUCCCUGCAUGGCCUCCUGAGACACAUGCCAUCCUGAGUGGUAGGAUCUUGCUGUUGUGGUGGCUGCUGCAGCUGUGGCCAGCGAAAAGCAUCUCAACUGGGGAGGGGGGGCUCGCUCUGAAAUGAAGGGGAGGGGGAGGGGUGAGAGGUGAGGAGGCAGCAGAGCGCUCCAGAGGGCAGCAAGGAGGGGUGGCCGCCCACCUGCUACUCCCCCUUUGCACAAUAAAAAAUAAGAAAUAAAAGAUGAAAUACAAAGAUAACAAUAAAAUUGAAUCAGGAAGGAGCAAUAUCCGCAGAUUGCGCCACCCACCUCCCCAUGAACCGUCCGCACCAUGCCACUUACACCAUGGAAACUUCGUUGCAACCCUCCUACAAUGGAAGAAUACUGUUACUUUCCUGCAACGCAGAUGCAACGUUGCAUCGCUGCCGCGCAUCAAUAAAACCUGGUUUUGUUUUAAUGUAAACUGCCCUGAGCCUUUCUGGAAGGGCGGUAUAAAAACUGAAAUAAAUAAAUAAAUUAAAUAAAUUAAAUAAAUAAAUAAAUAAAUAAAUAAUAACCUGAAAUAGGGCAUCAGAGAUAUGGAUGGCACCUUACUGACAGUGAUGUUGGAAUGCAGGCAGUACGGAAGCAUAUUUAGCAGACACGUUGUGAAACUGUUGCAGCGUGUAAUCUGGAAAGCGCCCUAGCCAAGCAAAUCCUUGGUUGCAGACCUUGGGUUUUUGCGUUUAACAGUCUGACUGCAUGGGCUUGCAACAACUUAUUUCAGAGACACCGGAAAAAUUAUCUCUGCCUCGGUUCUUAAUGGAGCAGAAGCCCUGACUGAAAUGGGAUAUGGCACUUCUCUGUAUCGGCAUUUCAGAAUGUUCUCUCAGUGUUUUGCAUUACUGUGUGCAACACUAUGUACAAUGAUGGUGCUAUACAAAAUUAAUAAUAAUGGCACAUGUCAUUACCAAUGUGUCCAAUCUCAGUAUCAUGAGCAAUGCUGCUUCUCAACUGUGGAAAACUGAAUACCUUAUUAGUGCCUUUGUAGAUGCAUCUCUUUGCAACAGAUUUCUGUAUUUUAUUUCACAUUGACGCUCUCCCCUCCUUCUCCAUGUGAUUACAGCAACUGUUUGCAUGUCGAAAGGAAUUUCCUAAAUUAUGCCUUGGAGGCUUGAAAAUCAUUUUAAUGGUAUUUUAUGAUAGGCAUUGGGACAUCAUAAUUUGGACACAGAUAUAUAGUGGUAACCUUACAUUUUUGGAAGAGAUUUGAGAAGCUCUUAGAUAAAUAUUUGCAAUGUCUGUGAAGAAGCAAUUAUUGAGUCAUCCACUAGAUGGCAGUAUACCUGCACUAGACGUAACAGUCUGUAAUACAAAAAAGUGCAGUUAAGAAGUCUAAAAUUGGUAGAUAGUGUACUACCCACUACUGUCAGUAUUUUAAAGUACCAGCAGCUUCCAAACAGAGGCAACUAGAAUUACAGAAAAGGAAUCUUUAUUUCUAACAGUAGUGUCUGGGGAAUGAGCCAAACUUACUGUACUACUUUUUAAAUAGAACUGGUGAAAGGGACUGGGGAUAAAAACCAUUUCCAAGUUGGCUGGCUGAGGUGACUUAUCAUGAAGUGUUCCACUAGCUGACGUGGUUUCUACAUCUCCCAACUGUUCAGAAAUGGUCACUCUCCUAUAAGAAGGAAAUGUUUUAGUUUUCAUAACUGGCUGGGAAAGUUGAUUGCUGUGAAGCUUUAUGGAGCAGCCUUCUCAUACACUGGGUAGGAUAGGUGGAAAAGGGCACCAUCUCCCUAUUUAGAUUACAGACAUAACAGACAUUCCUUCUCCUUGGGGAAAUAGAGUUAGAUUAUUAGGGAUGUCUAACAGCACAUUUUCAGAACUCUUACCAAUGCCCAGGAUUUGGCAGGCGGGGGUGGGGGAAUACUGACAGUAUAAAUUAGUAUAAAAUUAAUAUACAUUUAUAAUGCAGAUCUGUGUGCAGAACCCUAUCAAUUCUACAGACAUAUUCCUUCUAUACCACUUAACUCCCAUGGAUUUGCCCAACUAAUUCUGGGAAUUACAGUUUAGUGAGAUGCAGAGACUUGUUCAUUAGAGAUCCUCACAGAACUAGAAUCCACAGGGUUCUCUUGGGUGAGGCUUACAUAGGAACAUAGGAAGCUGCCAUAUACUGAGUCAGACCAUUGGUCUAUCUAGCUCAGUAUUGUCUUCACAGACUGGCAGCAGCUUCUCCAAGGUUGCAGGCAGGAAUCUCUCUCAGCCCUAUCUUAGAGAAGCCAGGGUGGGAACUUGGAAUCUUCUGCUCUUCCCAGAGCAGCUCCAUCUCCUGAGGGGAAUAUCUUACAGUGCUCACACUUCUGGUCUCCCUUUCAUAUGCAACCAGGGCAGACCCUGCUUAGAUAUGGGGACAAGUCAUGCUUGCUACCACAAGACCAGCUCUCCUCCCUUACAGGGGGCAUAUGCAUCUGUAGCAUGGAUAGGCCCCCUGCAUCACAUCUUUCCAUUACCCAGAAGCCAAAUCAGCCUACCUUCACCAGUUACUCCUUCUCCAAGGGACAGUGCCACAGUACCAGCGGUAUUCAGUGCUAGUUGGGGGUGAAGGAGGGGAGAGUGGAUGAGUGAAUUCUUUUAGUGCUCUGCACUGGUGCCAACAUCUUUCUCUCUGUGUGUGUAGACAAGCACUGAGCAACAAAUCUGAACUGUGGCAUGGUGGAGGAGGCUGCUGGCUUGCUGGCUUGGAUAUCAAAGUUGAGGUAGGACACUACCUGAACUUCUAUUCAUUUGAAAUUCUACACCUCUUGUCUAGGGCAGAGGUGGAGGACAGAAACUUUAGGACUGAAGCAAGCUGCUUAUAUGGGAGAAGACUGAAGGGGAGAGCUCUUCCUAAGAAGAGUAAGGCACGCUGUGUGCAUUGAAUAAGUAGCUAGAAUUGGCAACAGGCAUUGUUGCUGUGACAGGAUUCUCAUGAGUGCAGGUUGGGUAACACAGUACAGCUCAACCCAUGAGCGGUCUGCAGGGAUACAUUCAGAAAAGUAGGGAGACAGUGCAGAGCUGGACCCAGGCAUAGAUAUUAUAUGGAACAUAUUCUGUCAUGGAGAGUGAAGCGAUUAUAUUUUUUCUAGGUUUGUGUACAGCAUGGUAUCUGAAGGUGUGUGCCUAAUGUCAUAUGAUGGCUGGUGGCUAUUGUAAGCCACUGGACGUCUGUGUCCAGGUCUAGAAAGGCAGCUGGAGACAUGACCUAACAAAGGGUACUGUUGAACCAGCAAAAGCCUGGUGCCAACUUAAGAGAUAUAGCCAGCAGGAGCUCCAUCCCUUUCUGGGUCAUAAGGUCAGCCCCAGUCUAGAGGAGGCACGUGAGCUGGCCUCCCCUCUCCUCCUGAGUAGGCCCACUGGAAGAGGAGCCCAGAGCAACCAGGUGAGCACUCUGCCUUUGGUACUGGAACUCAGCCCUGGCAUAUCAUCAUCUCUGCUCCUGGAGCUCAGAGUGUUGGUGUGGGGGAGGUUGAAGAAGGUUCUCAGGAUGGGGCACCAGCCUUUAUGGGGGGCAUCAGUUCCUCAGAGCUCCUGGUCUCUUCCAAGGGGGCAACUUCAGAAGGGGUAGCAAGUGUUGGUUGCUCCAGGUCUAUUGGUUCUGGGCUUUUGUCAGGGCCAGAGGUCUCAGCUGGGCGUGCGCCUUCUCCUCUGAGAGGGUCUCCUCCGAGUUGGAAUCCAAGUAGGUCCUGACUGGGAUUCAGAUUAACCUCCUGCCUGAGUGAAGGCUAAAGUGAAGAGUUUUGCAGUUAAAAUCUAGCUAAAGCUUCAAAACUCGCCCAGCUUUGCAAUUCUACAAGUAACUAAAAAUAAAUGACAAAUUUAACUUCUUGGGUGGUGGGGUGGUGGUGGAAUGUUUUCACUGUGCCAAACCACCACACAUCACCAACAGCAAAUUUGGACAAAUCCUCCUUUUCAAAUAAAUUCUAUAUAAUGUA